GCGAACGCGAAACUUAGCGCGUUAAUUAUUCAGACACGUGACGCGUACCGAAAAGCUCUUAAGAACGCGGUUUCUCUUGUUCAUCCUUGGACUCAUUCAGACAUACACAUACAUCCUUUCUAUUCAAUACAACACUCAAAGUCAAACAACUUCUCGACUUCUUUCUCCUGUAUAUUCCGCAUACCAAUAAUCAAAUCUUUCUUCUUUACGUUCAAUUUAUUAAACCACAAUGAGUCUCCAGGAAACUCCCUCAAAGACUGCUGCCUCUGGCAUCGAAAACAUGAAGAUGGAAUCACCCGUCAAGAAGAUCAACUUUGCUGGAAAAGAGAAUUCAGCAUUUGAUGCCGACGCGCCAAUCGUCGAAGAAGUCAAGAAGCCAAUUGUCGAGGAACAAAAGAUUGUUGCAGUUGCUCCAGGAAUUAAACCAGAAGAGGCAGACGAACCUCUUCUCCAAGAAAACCCAAAUCGUUUCGUCCUCUUCCCCAUCAAGUACCAUGAGAUCUGGCAAAUGUACAAGAAGGCAGAGGCAUCUUUCUGGACCGCAGAAGAGAUUGAUUUGUCUAAGGAUCUUCACGACUGGAAUGAGAGACUCAAUGACGACGAGCGUUACUUCAUUUCCCACGUCCUCGCAUUCUUCGCAGCAUCCGAUGGAAUUGUCAACGAGAACUUGGUUGAGAGAUUCAGUGGUGAAGUUCAAAUUCCAGAGGCUAGAUGCUUUUAUGGUUUCCAAAUCAUGAUGGAGAACAUCCACUCCGAAACAUACUCCCUUCUCAUCGAUACAUAUAUUAAGGAGCAAUCCCAAAAGACAUACCUUUUCAAUGCUAUUGAUACCAUUCCUUGUAUCAAGAAGAAGGCCGACUGGGCUGUCAAAUGGAUUCAAGACAAGAACUCCACCUUUGCUCAACGUCUCGUCGCUUUCGCUGCUGUUGAAGGUAUCUUCUUCUCUGGAUCUUUCGCUUCCAUCUUCUGGCUUAAGAAGCGUGGUCUCAUGGCCGGUCUCACCUUCUCCAACGAACUCAUCUCCCGUGAUGAAGGUCUUCACACCGAUUUCGCAUGCCUCCUUUUCUCCCACCUUAAGCACCGCCCAUCCAAGCAAGCCGUUCAGGACGUCAUCACCGAAGCUGUAGAGAUUGAACAAGAGUUUUUGACCGAGGCUCUUCCUUGUGCUCUCUUGGGCAUGAACUCCAACCUUAUGAAGCAAUACAUCGAGUUCGUUGCUGAUCGUCUCCUCCUUUCUUUGGGUAACGAUAAGUACUACAAAUCCGCCAACCCAUUCGACUUCAUGGAGAACAUCUCCUUGGCUGGAAAGACCAACUUCUUCGAGAAGAGAGUUGGUGAUUACCAAAAGGCUGGUGUUAUGGCCGGUACUCAAAAGAAACACGAGGAUACCGAGGCACAAACCGAAGCCAAGGCAGAGAACGGAGGUGACUUCAACUUUGACGAAGACUUCUAGAUGUUGUCUUUAAAGUUACCUCUACUUCUCUUUUUGUUUUUAUGCCAGGAUGAUUGGCGUGGCGUUUACCUUUGUACAACUCUUCACUUCUACAUGGGGCUUACAUAGAUGUGUUGCGGGUUGGUGGUCUGUACAAAUAGUUCUUUAGCUUGGGGGAGUUGUGGUGUUGGGAAAACUUUGGGUUGGCGACGGCUAUGAAUAUAAAUUUUCACAAUAAAUGUCAUUUGGACACAGAUGAUGGAAUGAUAGGGAUAUCGUGGUGGGGGUAUACCAUGAUGGAAUGGAUGGGUAGGAUAAUUGAUGAUAUUACUAGUUAGCGUUAACGAACACACUUUUCAUAUACAUGAGGA